AUGGAUCUCUCGAGAGAAGAUGAAUAUUUCGAGUGGGUGGAUCGAACGGAUUUGGUCGAUGUUGCGCCGCGAAUAAUUCGUCAACCCGAGAUAUCAGCCUUGAAAGUUAUUUGUAUGGACGAUGCCGAUGAUGAUGAUGAAUUCGAAUUUCCACGGUAUGACGAUAUACAAUGGAACAACAACAACGAGGAUCAGGUUCCAAAGGAGGAAUAUCACGCUCAAGUCGACUAUUACCUCCAAUCUCCCUCACUACAACCGACAUACCUCGAAGAUGAUGUAUCAUUGUGCAGUACUCCAACAACCCUCUCUCCUUCAGAUCAAUCGCCAACAUCCGAACUUUCGGAGCUGCCGGAACCCACUGAACCUUGCGAUAUCACCGAAACUGUGGAUGACUUGGGUGUCCGAGUGAAACCGUCACAUCAUGUAGAUUAUCUCGCACACGAUUGGCCAGAAGAGGAUCUAUGGGCGUCCUGGAAAUUCAUUCAAUCACAUCGUACCGCAUAUGAAAAUAGCAAAAGAUUGGAGAAUGCGUCUUGGAGAGGUUGGGCGAAGAAACGAUCCAAUCUGAAAACAAUCGACCCAUCAACAUUUGGCUGGGAAAAGGACCAUGAUACAACAUGGCUAUAUGGACCACUCCACAAGCCAGAAUCCUCGCAAUCUCUAUUUUCUUCUCCCAUGGAUAUGGAUUGUCGACCGAAAUUGACGAGAUCGUUAUCAUACGCAGACGUCAAUGUAAAGCCGAUUCUUAAACAACGAGGAAUAUGCGAUGUGUUAUUGAAACGUUCAUCGUCGGCUGGCUUGGAAUCGAUGGAAUCUUCUCUGCCUUCCCUUUCUUCCGGCAGAUCAUCCCCUACAUCGACCUCUUCAAGAAAAUGUGUUCGCUUCAACGAUGAGGUUGAACAAUACAUCGCGGUGAAUAGUUCAUAUGAGGAGGUUACCGAUUACACGACGGGGAAAUCGAACAUGCGCAUUGUCGCCAAACUUCCAAACUCGACUCUCAAGAAUAUUGUCGAGGUUGAUAAUAUUUCCGCCGUGGCUUAUAGUCUACAACAAUCUUUGAUACAAGAUCAUUUCGUCCUACCGAGGUUCGAAUACGAAGAAUACGCCAGUGCUGCGAAUGGUGAUGAUGAUGAGUGGGAGCUUUCGAUGAUAGGGAUGGAUUUCAAGUCGUCGACGACUUCGAUUUCAGUAGGAGGUGUUUAUUAA